CGUUGCGUCGACGUGUGUGGCUCGCGCGCGCCGUGGUGACACGCUCUGUUGCUUAGUGUGCGGGACGGCGGCGGCGGCGGCGGUGGCGGCGGCGGUGGCUACGACUACGCUGUCAUGAUGGUAUACCAGUUCGUCGUGGUCCGCUACCACGCCGGGACCGUGCCACCGGCGGUGACCAUCGGGUGAGACGCGCGCGCGCGCGCGCGCGGAGACACGGGACGCGCGAAAACGUACUCGCGCACGUUCACGGACAUCGUAUCGGCCGUACGCGCACAGGACGAAACUUGUUCCGCUCGGGGUGAUCGUCCGCCGUGCGAACCGGGGGCAAGUAACCCCUAGGUGUGACUUAGCGUGUGCAUUGGAAUGUGACGACGGCUAAACAAGAGCAUCGCGUGUGAUAAGCAGCAGGAGGGUGUGCUAUGCUAGCCGCCCGCAACGUUCUGCUCCUGUUGGUGGCCGGUUCGUUUCUCGCCGUGUCAGUCCUCACGCUGCCGCAACAAGAUGAAGUCAAAGAGAAGAAAUUCGGUGACAAAUGCGAUUCCAACGAGGACUGUCAUUUCAACGGGUCGAUAUGCACAGUGGACCGGAGUAACAAAAAAGCAUCUUGUCAGUGUCGACCCGAGUUUGCGGUCACCAACCAUAUAGAUAAAUGUGGACAAGUCGCAGCGAUAAACGAGCCGUGUUUUUUCAACGAGCAAUGUGAAGUUCUCGUAUUCCAGACGGAGUGCAUAGGCGAUGUUUGUGCUUGCAGAUUCGAGAGGACUCCGGUAUUUCAUAAGGACGGAACAGUCGAGUGUAUCGCAAAGAACAACUCUAACUCCGAACCGUACACCGAUCCAGCUAUGCUGUGCGUGUUAGCUGGAAUGUGCUUAAUGUUUAUUAUUAUAUGCGUAGUGCUGAGAUUGUUUAGCAAGGCACGUUGGAGGGAAAACCGUACGAUAUUCAACACGCCCAACCCAAGAUUGAUGAACGUGUCAUUGCUGAGGGACAACAAGCCGCCGCCCGGAGCAACCAGCGAACGUAGAGGUAGCAAAUCCAGUACAAAGACCCAUUCCCCUUCGAGACAACCAAGCAUGGCCUCGUUGAAGCCCCAAUCGCCUUCUUUAGGUCGUGGUGUGCGCGGCAACAACAACGGUGCCAACACAGAAGCCGUGAGGUCUCCGACGGCUAAAAGUCCUAUGGCACUUCCGAUGGAGCCAAAAACUUCAGUAGUGGUGGACAUACAACCCGUCGUGUGAACACGAAAGAUCCAAAACGACGUCUGAACAUCACCGCACAUUAUUACGUAAUGCGUACAGCUUCACGCCGCGGUGUCGGAACUUCGCAAUACCACCGUUUUUAUUCUCCAACGAGAUUGAUGAUGUUUUUUGUUUUCUCUCUCUCUUUUUAAUACCGCAAAUGAGCUUGAUCGCUUUCGGGACCACGGCCACUGGUUUAUUGAUUUAUUAACCUUUUUUCAAUCUAAAUACAACAUGUAUCUUCAAGCAAACAAAUGCGUACAUUUAAUUAUUCGUUUAGGAAAAUAAAUAAAUAAAUAAAUAAAAACAUUGAAAAACCGCAAAUGACUUGCGUGCUAUAUUUUUCAAACUAUUUUAAUACUUGAAACUCACGAUGCUUAGAUGUAGGCCCUCGGAAUUCUAACCGAGAGCGUUUAUUAACACAACAAAAAUAUUUUACAACAUGAAUUUGUAUUACUUACAUAUUUUAAAUUUAACGUACUUAUAAUAUAAUUAUU